UCACCACCUCUUUACGGUCUCUAGACGUGAAUUCGGAGGACUUGCCAUCCGCAUCAUAAUUUUAUCAGAGUUUUCUCGAAGUGCGAAACAUUUACGAACGACAUAUCUACUACGAAAAUGGCCGAAGUAACAGACUUCGGAACGAAAAGAAUGAUUUUUGUAUUCGCAAUCGUGGUUGCUUGCUUCGCAGUGCUAUGGCCGAAAAUUUUCUACCCUAUGCUCGUAGCAACUGUCACUCCACAUCCUACAUUGGAUAGUUCUGCAUGCUGCGAAGUAAUAUUUGAAAGCGAUGUCACUGCAGUGGACAUUAUGCAAGAAAUGUGUCAAAACAUAUUGAGACAUCAUUCAGUUGAUCCACGUGUCAGAGAUGUGUUAAAACUUAACAAGCUGACUCCUCAAAGUGCGAGUUUAUGUAGAGAAGAAGUCCUAGCCAGAUGUGGCAUAGACUUAUCAUCUUUUCUUGCUCAAAGGGAACGCUUGGGGAAAACCUAUAAACAAGUAUUGGAAGAAAUUAGAUCAUUUAACAGGUCUCUUUGUCUUAAAAUGAAUUUUGGCGUACCACUAUCACAAUUAGGAACACCACACCUUAUCAGAUAUCAUAUUUUGAUGCCACACAGUACCAUACGACAAGAGCGUCGUACUCCUCCUCAUGCAGGCGGCAUGCAUCCUGCAUUGAGAGAGCGUGGAAGAGCCAUACCGUCUUCUCAUAUUAUGCCAAAAAUAAUAGAAAGGUCUGACUAUAUUAUGCCGAAAACAAGACCACCUCUCGGCAGUGCUGGUCGUGUUGUUUCAGCUCCGCAAGGAAGCGGUACAAUGGGAAUUAUAAUGCCACUGUACACGAUAGGGAUAGUUCUGUUUUUCCUGUAUACCAUUGUUAAGGUUUUGAAAAAGAAUUCCGACAAUGAAAUUGUUUUACCUUCGGAAUAUCGCCAGCCAGGAAUAGCUGCUGAAAAAGAAUUUCAAAAAAUGGUGUUUAAUCCAGAAAUUUUUGCGACCGCGAUGACUGCUGGACUACAUUAUACACGGGAAAAAUCGCCGGACAAAACUGCGCCAAAAACAGACGAGUUAAAGGAUCGAACACAAGAAGCGGCAGGAGAUAUAGAGAUAGACCAACUGAGACAACGAUUGGUUGAAACGGAAGCAGCCAUGGAAAGAAUAGUUGUCCAAAUGGGCAACAUAUCACGUUCAGUAAUGAAUAACUCGGGCUCACAACUAGAAAUCAAGGAGGACAAUACAAGCCAGGAGUUACACGGUAAAGAAGAUGAAGAACUAGAUGUAGAAGCGGAACAAUCACCAACAGUUAAAGUAAUGGGUAUGGAAAUGACAGCUAGUUGUGAAAGUGGACAAAAAUGUAGCAGACCUACCACUCCUAUUAUUCCUAUACCACCAAGUAAUAUAGAAAGAGAAAAAACACCACCAAAACCCAUAUAUUUAGAAGGGGCACUGCCACCGCAAUGUGAAUUACUCGUAACCGAUUCAGAAACUCAAGCAGAAAAGUCAGAGGACGAAGACGCUCCUAUUGUUCUCUCAGGCAAAAUGACACUCUCUCUCAUCAGUCUCGACCAGAUUGCAGCUGUAAGGAAAUAUUAGAAUUACCAACAGAAUCGAAUGAAUAAAUCUGCGGAGCCUUGGUUUUAUUUGGAUUCAGAGAAUGAAGCUCAAAGUGAACAAGAUAAAGAAAUUUUGAGUAUCUCAAGAGAAGAUAACGAUAUAAAAGACGUCUUCUCGAG